AUGUGCAGUCACCACCAGUUGAGUCUUCUUGCUCUCUACCAGAGUGGUGACAGUGAUGACAACUGCUCUGAGGACUGGUGGCCUCUUAAUGGGGACAUCCCCUUUGCCAGAAGCUUUCUUCUCUGCCCGGGCCAACAGCCUCUGCUUCUUCUCUUGCUUGGUCUCUGGUCUGUACUAGUGGGCGAGCUUAAGCAGCUGGGUAGCUGUUUGAUGGUCCAAGGGCUGGGUGAACUGGUUAAUCGCAGGGGGCACCUUCAGCCACUUGUACAAGAUGGCCCUCUAGAUGUAGUGGAGCCAUUUGACAAAGCGGGCCCUUAUUGUUGGACACUUCCAGACAUAAGGAGAGUUGUAACAAUCUUUUCAGUCCAACAUGCUCCUUCUUAUCUUCUGCCCAAGGUCCUCCUGGGAACCACGUAUGAGGAGAUUCUCAACAGCAGGGAGAAAGGAGACAAUGCAAUCCGAGUGUGUUUACACAUGGAACUUGUACAUUGGUUUUUAAUCAAUUUCUACGUGCAGAGUACACCGUUACCUCAGUGUGGGAUGAGAGCUUUGCCAAAUGUAUGACUGAUACUAGGGUACCUAGAAAAAUCAGGCUGAGGAUUUCCAAAAAGAAAAGUAUAUAAAGAAGAAGCUCCUUAGGACCAUGCUAGAGAGAAUUUUUAAGAAAUUGGUUUUGAUAUCAAAGAUGUCUUUAAGGAUGCUAAAACUGCACUGUGAAUCAGUGACCAGCUUGCUCAUUUGUACAUCAUUCCAGGAAUUCCAGAAGACACAAGAUUUAACCCAAAAAUCUGAAGAGAAAUCUAGAAUGUUGAAUUGUUCUCCCUUGAGAAAUUACCCUGUCAGAGAAGUGAUGCAACCCUCAAAUCCAAACUUGUGGUACCUAACAAAAUUUUAAUGACCUUUAUCAGACCAUUAAGGGACAGGCUUUUGAGGAUUCAGGAUUCCUCAGACAAUGACAAUGGAUUUUUUUCUUCAGCUGGUAGCCCACCAGCUAACCCCAAUAUGAAAAAAUUGAGUGGAACUACAUUCCAGCCCAGCAGGCUGUUCAUUCCUGAAGAUUCUCUUGGUGACUAGUGGGUGCAGCGUAAGCAUCUAGUGUACCAAAAGCCAUACAAUAACCAGUCUGAAAUGCCUGACCUUUUUGCAGCAAAGAAUUGGAGUAUGAAGGAAAAUGGCAGCAAACAGUAUCAAGACUCAGCUAAUGGGGAAAAGUACUCAGCUAAUCAAAAGAAAAGAACAAAUGGAACCCAUAGCCAGCCAGCAAAGUCCCAGAAUCCCUUGAUGAUAUGUGAAGAGAAGCUACAUUCAUGAAACCUUCAGGAUAACUUGGGAGCAGCUGCUAUGUGUGACUUGUCUUGCUCCAUUGACGAGCAGCUGCUAGAACAUCCUGAGGAUGCCAUGACGUGUUGCAAGUUGCCUUUUUCACCUACUUUCUUGAAUUUCAAAUUUGACUAUCAUGCUAUAAUGAGCAUCUUGGGCCUCUGA